AUGUUGAUUAGAAAAUUACAGGAUGAAGUUUGUCAGCUGUUAGGUUCACAGCAGUCAAUACUUUCAAUAGGCUCCGCGGUUAGAGAGCUAAUUCAAAAUUCAGCUGAUGGGAAUUGCCGUGAGAUAGAAGUGUAUGUUGAUUUGGAGAAUUGGGAAAUUGUUGUGCGGGAUGACGGUGACGGUAUCAGUCGUGAGGAUUUGGAUCUUUUAGGAGAAAGGUAUUAUACCUCCAAACUGGAGAACUUUGAUGAAGUAGAGGAUAUCAAGACUUUUGGCUUUCGGGGAGAAGGAUUACAUAUACUCAAAAAUAUAUGCUGUUUGAGCAUCUUGAGCAAGACGGAUGUCAGUGGUGGAAGUGCGUGGCUGCGGAAAUUUCCAAGAAAGGCGGCUGAGCAGAGCGAUGAGAGUUCCCGCGACAAACAUUCGCUGAUCGGCCGGUCUAAGGGUACAACUGUAAUAGUUGAGAAUAUCUUUUACAAUAUGCCAAUUAGGAGGAAUUUGCUAAAGGGAGAGGCAGUGAGUAAGGUCUACGACGAGAUAAAGAGCUAUGUGCUGCAGGUUUUGAUUUUCCGUCCCUUAGCCAAGAUAACCGUAUAUGCGACGGAGAAUUGCCAAGUAAAGAAAAUUAUCUCAGGGCACGCCGCUACGGAUAUAAGUGUUUCAACUCGGCUAGUUUCCGCUAUCACUAGCGUGUUUGGGCUUUGUUACCAUGAGAGCCAAUUUGCAAGUGUCCACACGAGCUACCAGACUAUUUCUGUAGAAGGGGUUAUACUAAAGUUUCCGCUAACAACAAAAAGCUGUCAAUCCAUUUACAUCAACAAACGUCAGUACGAAGAUAAGAAGUUUCUAGCUGCUUUGAAUCGUUUGUUUCGUGCAUCCAAUUUCGGCGAACACAUUUCUUGCGCUUACGGGACGAAGACUGCUGGCCAGCAGUAUUGCUCUUAUCCUGCAUUCGUAAUUAUGUGUCACUGUCCAUCCACCUUAAGCGAUCUUCUUCAAAAUCCAGGGAAGACCAUCAUUCAUAGCACAUAUGCAAAUAUUAUUCAGACACUGAUAUUACGAGUUGCAAAAUCAUUUUUAAAGAUUCAAGGUUACAAAAUGGAUGAUUCGGAGAUUCAGCAGGAACUCAAGGCUACAAUAGGCAGUCCCCUUGCAUCUAGUUUGUUGAGGAACAGUUGCAAUUUUUCUAGAACAACUAAUAACUUUUUGAAUUGUGAACGUACAACACAGAAAGGAGAUGGAAUACGGAAAAAGAGACAGAAUCCCGAUUUUCGAUCCAUUAAGAAACCGUUUGGGGUUCCAAGUACUAUUUCGAAGUUGAGUACUCAUAGUGAGCUGGUUAACCUUUCUGGACAUUAUGUUGUUACUGAUUUCCAGCUGCAACAGUUGCAACUUAAAAAAUGUACUAUUAUUAACCAAAUUGAUAAGAAAUUUGUCAUGUUAAAGUCUCCACCUCUGAGUAGCAGUUCUAAUUCCGUUCUGCUGAUGAUUGACCAACAUGCUGCUGACGAACGUAUAAAAUUAGAAACCUACAUCACUGAAUUCUUAUCGAAGUUGUUCUCUAUAGAGCGAAAAAGCCUGUUAACUUCAUGUGAUAUAAGCGUUCCAGUCUCUCCUCCGGAAUUCUCUCUAAUUAAAAAUUACAUUCAUGAAUUCCACUUCUGGGGUAUAGAAGUUGAGUUGCCGGAAAACGAAAUAAAUGAUUACGUUUUGAUAAGACGUCUACCAAUACUCUUAGAUGUCAAAGCAAAGCGCAAUAAUUUCUAUUUGAAAGGAGCGAUUUUGCAACACGCUCGUGAUUUAGAAGCGCAUUUACUGGUUAGGAGCUCAUCGAUACUUCCGAACCCUAUUACGGAUUUCAACAGCCUACAAUGGUGGAAAUGUAAGAAUGCAAUUCCUCGGUUACUUAUGGAAAUAUUUAAUAGUAAAGCUUGCCGUUCUGCUAUAAUGUUCGGCGACUUUCUGACACGCGAAGAGUGCGUUCAACUAGUUGAGAGAUUAUCUCUGUGUAAUAUGCCUUUCCAAUGCGCGCAUGGAAGGCCUUCGGUUAUUCCAAUAUUGGAACUUGGUUCAAAGGACGACCUUUCUUUUGGGAUGUAUACUAAUGACUAUAUAGAAGAUUAA